AUGGAAAAACCUGUUGGUGGUAGCUUACAAAUUUUCAAAGCUACCAGAAAUAAGCUGUUUGCAGAAAUUGACCAGUUUUUGAUAAUGGAAACUUUGUGGGUUUGUCUCAUCUUGACUUUGGCCCUAUCUUCAGAUCUAUCUCAGGCAGAAGGUGACUGUCAUGAUCAAAUUCUGGAUAUCGCUAUUUUGGCUGACGUAUCAAGGAGUAUGAACUUCAGGCAGCGGAGAGCUAAGAUAAAACUCAUCGAUGACCUGGUAGAAAAGAAAGGCGUUUCUCCUUCAGGAAAUCAUUUCGCUCUAAUCACCUUUGCAAAGGACGUCGUUAUCGAAAGCGACUUCAACAAUAAAUCAAACUACGAAGAGGACAAAUUAAAACACUUUGUUCAGAAGACAGUAUACGUGAAACCCAAGGCCUGGGGAACACGAACAGAUCUCGCCAUGGAUCUGGCCGCCAAAGAGUUGUUUACUGAACAAAGAGGAGACAGGCCCGGUGCUAAGAACAUCAUAAUUUUGUUUACGGAUGGCAAACCUUUUAAGUCGAGGAGAGAUAAACGACGUGUGAUUCCGUUUAAGGAUUCCAUUAAAGUAUUGGAGAGUAAAGGUGUGAGCAUAAUUGUUGUCGGAGUCGGUAGAAACGUGUUCAGAGCAAAAAGAAAUAUGUACGAGAUGGCUGGCGAGAGGGGAAAGGUCCUUCUGUAUCCCAGUUUUGAUGACCUUCCCGGACACUUGGACGAUAUCGUGAAAGCUACUUGUGAGGAAAUGCCUGUACCUCACCCAGAAGGUUCGUAA